AUGACAUCUAACUCCUUCAGAAAGAUUACGCUUUUCCUCCUUUCCGUUAUCAUUGCUGCGCUUGCACAACGGAAUACUGGCUAUGACCAUGACUUCGUUCGAGGCACCAUUUUUCCGCUGUGUGCUGCAGCGUACUCAGAUACUCCGACAGAUUGCCUUAAAGCUGUUGACCCAAAAGCAGAGAAGGUUCAAAAGUUUACUGUAACAUGCGGUGGUGCGAACACCUGUUCCGGUUAUACAGCCCUCCUUCACUCUCAUAAAGCAAUCGUAUUAGCCUUCAGGGGUUCUAAAACGAUAACCCAGUUUCUCAAAAUAGCUUGGAUGACACUUACAGAGAGUCGGUGUAGAUGGAAAGCUGAUACGGGGCAGGUAGCAACUUAUUUCUGCGAUGCUUUCAUCAAAAUCUGGGAUCGUGGAUUAAAAGAAAAUUUGAAACAGCUUAUCGAAGACAACCGUGACUAUCGUGUUUGGGUGCGCUGAGCGAAACUGGUGACGUUUGGUCAACCAAGAACUGGUGACAGCAACUUUGCAAAUCUUCUUAACAAAGAGAUCAAAGAUUCCUAUCGAGUUGUUAACCAUCACGAUCCUGUGGUUCACUUCCCCGUAUUUCGGUACAAGCAUCAGAAAACAGAGGUCUACUACGGAAAAGGUAUGCACUCUGACAAGAUAAUUGUUUGCCAAGGCAAAGCAGAAUGGAGAUGUAAAUGGUUUAUGUUCUACUUUCCGCCCAAUAUGGACGACCAUCUGUACUACUUCGGCCAAUAUGUCAGCCAAUUUGGAAAAUCCGGCUGCAAGUGGAAAUCGUGA